GAUACUACUUUUUAAUCAAAGAAAUGAAACGGACUAGUCCAACAUAGCCCAUACACUUAAAAAUUCAUAAGUUGACGUCAUAAGAACAAAAACUCUCUUUAAAAAAAGUUAUUGAAAGUUCAAUAUAGACAAGGGAGAUAAAUAUGCUUCAAAAAACAACAUGGUGAUCGGUAAAGGUAUCUCCGUAUCUAAUAAUAGUGACAGUCUAUAGACUAUAGUUAGUACAAUAGUAGUGUGAAGAAACAAGUCCUUUUACGUUAAAAGUGUCUUUUAAUUGUGGAACAUUUUAACAAAACAUAUAUACACGACAACGUUAUAGUUAUAGACAGAUACCCAACUUCACUCGCUGACUUUCUCUCUCUCCUCUUGACUCUUGUUUACACGGGUCACUAGUCAAGUCCCCUAGCCCUAACUCUCGAUACUCAACACUUGACCGUGUGUCACGCCAGUCACGGUUGACCACACAGUAACCGUGUCACCACAAGUAACAGACAGAUUUGAGCACAUGCUCCACAUCGUAUCGAAGGAAUCUAUCAGCUCUGCUCAGAAACUGACGAUACACAUAAGUGUAAGGUGCUAAGCGCAAAAAAUUAAUUGAAUCGUCCUAAAUCAAGACAAAAGAAAAAGUAAAGUACCCAAUUCAAGAAUAUUUGUUAAUACAGUCAUCUGAAGAAGAAGAAGACAUCAAAGUGUCACUGAUGGCUGAUAUAGAACAUGAGUCCAGUUUUGACUUGGGAAAUGUAAUAAAACAAGAGAAGAAAGAAAGUCUUAAUGAAAUAUGUUUGAUAACACAGUCAUGUGAACUACAAGACAUGAAAUUGUCACAUGUAAAAAUUGAAAAGACUGAAGGAGAUAAUGAUAAAGUAACUUCUUCUAUGCAGACAUUUGAAAACUACUGCCAUGGUCAAACUUGUGCUGUGACUCCAGGGUAUCAGUCAGAUGUUCUAAAACAGGAGAUAAAAAUGUCUUGUACUACUGAAAGUGAUGAACCAUUGUCCUUAGCAUCAAGACUACUGGCUAUGUCAAAGAAGGCAGACAGAAACUUUUAUCCAGUGCCCAUCAUUUUGCCAAACUUAAAACUGACUGGACACAUACCUCUCCCAGAACUGCCAUUGAGUGAGAUAAAAAACAUGAAGCAAGAAAAAGAAAUGUCAAAAACAAAUGUAUUUCUAAAGGAUAUGCAUGAUCAUAUGGAAUCAAGCCUAUCUAAUGAAACUGUUUUGGACAGGAUCAAGAAAUCUACAUGCAAUGAUAAUCAUCAAAUAAAUAAACUUUUUACUUAUCAAAUUUGUCAAAAAGGAUUUUCUAGCUCUAAAAUAUUACAAAAUCAUGAGUUGAUUCAUGCUGGUGAAAAAACAAAUAAUUGUCAAAUAUGUCAGAAAGGAUUUUCUCGUUCUUCUGAUUUGAAGAAACACCAACAGACUCAUACUGAUGAAAAAACAUUUAAAUGUCAAAUAUGUCAGAAAGGAUUUUCUCGUUCUUCUGAUUUGAAGAAACACCAACAGACUCAUACUGAUGAAAAAACAUUUAAAUGUCAAAUAUGUCAGAAAGGAUUUUCUCGUUCUUCUGAUUUGAAGAAACACCAACAGACUCAUACUGGUGAAAAAACAUUUAAAUGUCAAAUAUGUCAGAAAAGAUUUUCUCGUUCUUCUGAUUUGAAGAAACACCAACAGACUCAUACUGAUGAAAAAACAUUUAAAUGUCAAAUAUGUCAGAAAGGAUUUUCUCGUUCUUCUGAUUUGAAGAAACACCAACAGACUCAUACUGGUGAAAAACCAUUUAAAUGUCAAAUAUGUCAGAAAGGAUUUUCUAGACCUAGUAUUUUGAAAUACCAUCAACAGACUCAUACUGGUGAAAAACCAUUUAAAUGUCAAAUAUGUCAGAAAGGAUUUUCUAGACCUACUAUUAUGAAAUACCAUCAACAGACUCAUACUGGUGAAAAAACAUUUAAAUGUCAAAUAUGUCAGAAAGGAUUUGUUCAUUCUUCUGGUUUGAAACACCACCAACUGAUUCAUACUGGUGAAAAACUAUAUAAAUGUCCCAUAUGUCAAAAAGGAUUUUCUAAUUCUUAUAGUUUGAAAGAACACCAAUUGAUUCAUACUACUGAAAAACCAUUUAAAUGUCAAAUAUGUCAGAAAGGAUUUUCUAGUUCUUCUAGUUUGAAAAAUCACCAACAGACUCAUUCUGGGAAAAAAAUAUAUAAAUGUCCCAUAUGUCAAAAAGGAUUUUCUAAUUCUUAUAGUUUGAAAAAUCACCAACAGACUCAUUCUGGGGAAAAAAUAUAUAAAUGUCCCAUAUGUCAAAAAGGAUUUUCUAAUUCUUAUAGUUUGAAAAAACACCAACAGACUCAUACUGGUGAAAAACCAUUUACAUGUCCAAUAUGUCUAAAAGGAUUUCCUUAUUCUUAUUAUUUGAAACUCCACCAACUCACUCAUACUGGUGAAAAACCAUUUAAGUGUCAAAUAUGUCUAAAAGGAUUUUCUCGGUCACAUAGUUUGAAGCGCCACCAACUAACUCAUACUGGUUAAAAACCAUUUAAAUGUCACAUAUGUAGAAAUGGAUUCUCUAGUGCUUCACAUUUGAAACAACACUGCUUGGUUCAUACUUAUCAUUUGAAUGUCCAAAAUGACAGAAAGGAUUUACUUUCUAUUCUAAUUUCAAACAGCACCAGUUAAAUUAUUUUGUGAAAGACCAUUUAAAUGUGACAUUUGGAAAAGGAAUUUCUAACAUUUUAUGUUUGUAACAGCACCACCCAGUUCAUUAUUUUGAAAACAUUCAUAUGGAAAAAAGGGGGGUUUCUAAUUUUUCUGACCAUUUGAAUAUCAAAGGAAAGGAUUUUCACAUCAAUGCAAACUGGUUCAUAGAAGUUCCCCUUUUCAGACCUAGUGAUCUAUAGGACAGAUGAUGUUAAGGUUAUCUGCUUCUUCGGCCAAUGGUUAACAAGCAGGGCAUAAUGUGGCAAGCGCAAUGACCAACUGCCUUUACUUUCCCAACUCAAGUCAGGAACCUGUUGGGUGGUUUGAAGGGCGACCUAAAAAUCCAGAAGUUUAAAAUCCAACACUUCACCAAAAAGUGAACCCAAGACCCCGGAUUUGGAAGCCAAGCACUUAGCCACCGUGCUCCUCAACUGGUUCAUACAAGUCAAUAAAACUUGUAAAAAUUUUCACAAAGGAUUUUCUUCGUUUACUUAUUGUAUUUGAAACAGGAUUAAUUGGAUUUAAAUGUGACAAUUGUCAAAAAGAUUUUUUACCUUCUCAUUUUGGAAAAUUCACUUUGCAGUUCAUACUGGUGAAAAAUUACAUUAAUAUGUUAGGGAAUUUUGUAACUCUUUUUUUUUAAUAUGUCUAUUCAACUCAUAACUUCAUAGAAACUGGAACUUUCUGGUUGGGUGGGUUUAAAAACCUGGAGACAGAUCUCAAGAAUGGCUUUUUACAAUUUUCCUAAAAAUUUGACUCUUGUUGUUUAUCAUUGAGAAAAGAAUUACUAGCUUGAUGGCCAAAGUCUAGUAGAUCUAUACAUUCGCUACACACAUAUUCUUUCUUAAGAGGGUGGGGGGGAUCUGGUGGGGUAAAAAUGAUCUAACAUUCAUCAGUGAUUUAUUUAAGUUGUCAAUUGAGUUUUUUUUUUCUUCUUCCUAUUGUUAUACUCACUUUUUUUUUUCAUAGUAGUGAGAGACCAUUUAAAAGUUAAAUAUGUCAAAAAGGAUUGUUAAAUUUAAUUAGCCAUCAUAUGGUUCAUAGUGAUGGGAACUAAACUUACUUUUAAAUGUUAAACUAAAACUAGUUUUCAACUAAAAUUAAGUAGUUAAACUAAAAGUUAAAUAGGAGCAAUCUGAUAUAAACUUUGUCACAUGUAAAUUAUGAGUGAGUCUGGUGUGAAUGUAUAUUUUGGUUUCUUAUAGUUAUAAUGUUUUUUGUUUGGUGUAAUGCACAAAUUGUAAGACAAUUUUCCAUACGGACAAUAAAGAUUAUUAUUAUUAUUAUUAUUAUUAAACUAAAGAAAAUUUAAGUAUAACAAACAUUCUCAUAACUUUUUCUUUUUGGGGUGUGUGACAAGGUGGAUUAAAAUUUUGCCAUUUUGGGUGUCUAGGGGGUUUAAUAAUUUGAGAACCCACACUUGCACACAAUUAUAUACAUACAGGUGAGAUUUUAAUACUAUACCAUCACUUGCCCCAGCGCAGCCAUGGGGUUUUGAGUUUAGACCCCCCUACCAGUGGGAGUUGAGUUUAAAACCCCCUACCAGGCAGGUUUAAACUACCAGGGGAGUUGAGUUUAAAACCCCUAUCAAGGGGUUUUGUGUUUAAAACCCCCUACCAGGGGUUUUUGCAGUUAAAUCUCUUAAAACCAAACAAAAAAAAAGCAAACGACAAUCCCCAAAUUCCAAGAGCAUAGUUAAAGAGGAUUUUGAUUUUAUGACCCCCUCUUCAAUAUAAAAAAAAGGAAAUUACACACUCAAAAUUCUAUGAACGUAGCGAAAGGGGAUUUGAGUUUAAGCCCCUCCCCCUUCAGAAGGGUUUGACGCUAAAAAAAUACCUCUAUAUAAAAAAAAGCAAAUUACGCACUCAAAAUGUUAUGACUGUAGCUAAAUGGGUUUCUACUCAUUUUUGAGUUGAACCCCCAUCCAUUUAGUAGGAUUUGAAGUUAAAAAAAUACCUCGUCAAUAUAAAAAAAAAACGAAAAUUAUGCACUUAAAAUGUGUUUUGACUCAGUUUUGAGUUUAACCUCCUUUCAGCGGGGUUUGAAGGUAAUAAAUACCUCUUUAAUAUUCAAAACAAAGCAAAUUAUACACCCAAAAUUCUAUAAGGGCAAAUGGCGUUUUAAGUUUAAACUAUCCUCCAGUGGAGUUUGAAGCUAAAAAGCAAAUUACGCACUCAAAAUGCUAUGAGAGUUGCCAAAGGGGGUUUUGAGUUUAAAGCCCCCUUCAGCGGGGUUUGAUGUUAAAUGCUUAAAAAAUACCUUUUUAAUAUAAAUAAGCAAAUUACACACUAAAAUUACCUGAGCGUAACCAAGCCAAUUGGGGGUUUUGAGUUUAAACUCCUCACCUACAGAUGGCUUUUCUUAAAAGUUUAAAACCCCUCCAGAUUCUUUUUAGUUUAAAAUCCCCCUACAGAACGUUUUGAUGUGGAAAACCUCCAUCUUCAAUAUUUUUCUAAAGCAAACUACAGUUAUCAAAUUCUAUGACCGUAGCUAAAUGGGGUUUUAAAAUAAUAAUAAAAAAAAACAGCUGCCACUUGCGCUGUCUUCCAGUCUCAUAGUGGUAGGACGUUCCAUGUAACGCUAGUGGUGGUGGUCCUGGUAGAGAUGAUGGUCUUUGGCUUGUCGCUUCCAGAUGACUCUGGCUUUCACCUACAUGCGUCAUAAACCUUCCAGCUGGAUGUCCAUCCUCUCCCAGGUCCGUUACUUCUGUUGAUUUGGUGUUUCUGUAGCUAGUGGUUUUUCUAUAGGGUAGCUAGCCCUACACCUAACCCUCCUCCUUUCUUAGCGGGCUCAUGGACCACAAAAAGAUUAUACUGAAACAGAUAGGAAUGUCAAGCGUAGCAUCAGAACAGACAGGCGGAACUACAUUGAAGCACUGGCAAAAGAAACAGAAGAAACCAAUAUUUGAUGCAGUUUAUAGUGCAAAAAACUGCAAGCCUAUAUUAAAACGUAGGGCCUACAUGGUCGGACAUGAACUACAGAUUAGCCUAUUCUAGUUUAUUACAACAAUAGCUUAUCCUUACAAACUGUACAUAAGUGGAAGCACUACUUGUUAAGUUGCUAAUUAGUUGAAGUUAAUUGAUUUGAAGGUGUAAAAAACCUGGCUAAAAUUUGGCAAUUCAGAGGGUUGCACGUACAUGGUCAGCCAACAAUUCCCGAUAAGCCUACGCUAUAACUGUACUUUAGUCACACUACUUGUUCAGUUGCUACUUACAUUUUAAUUGAUUUGAUAGUCUAAUAAGUAUUGUCUUUCGAUGCUGUACGGCUAGCUGUUUGCUGAUUGAACGUGCAUUCAUAAUAUGAGAUGGCACAUAAGAAAGGCACACAUUUUUUUUCAACUUAUCAUAGGGACCUAAAACCGAAGCAAAAAUUGGCUUUUUUUUUUUAAAUUGCGUAACACUUUCCAAGUUUUAACGUUUUUCACCCUACCACAUCUUAAAGUAAAAAACAUCCGAUUACAGAAAAAAUGGUACAUUUAGAAAGGUUAUUUUAAACCAUUUAAUAAUAUAUAUAUAACAUUUUUCCUGUUGAUUAAAAACAAGAGUAAUAAUUAGGGGUUAGGGCAAAACUCUCCAAGCGCGUCUGGGAAAAUGGUAAAUUGACCACAGCGACCAAAAUCCUAGUAUACAACGCCUGUGUUGUGAGCACUCUCCUUUAUGGCAGUGAAAGCUGGUCAACAUACAUGUACCAAGAGCACAGAUUGAAUAGUUUCCACUUGCGCUGCCUGAGACGCAUAAUGGACAUCUCUUGGAGGGACCAUGUUUCCAAUCAGGAAGUUUUAAGAUUGGCCAAUAUGAACAGCAUGUAUGCUCUCCUGACACAAAGAAGAUUACGCUGGCUCGGACAUGUCACCCGCAUGCCAGAUGGUAGAAUCCCGAAAGAUAUCUUAUAUGCUGAGCUUGUGGAAGGAGUCAGACCCAAGGGCCGCCCAAGACUAACAUAUAGAGAGUCUGCAAGCGAGACAUGAGAGCCAGAGGCAUCAGCGAAAGUAUGUGGGAAAACAUAGCCAAAGACCGGAGUGCAUGGAGACAGACUGUACGUGCUGGGACAACCCUUGCUGAGAACAAAAGAAUUGAAGCGGCUUUAAUCAAGAGGGAUAAAUAGAAAGCUGCCCUGUCCUCUAGCCCUAAAUCAGAGGCAUACACAUGUACGAAUUGUGGCAAAGUCUGCCGUUCUAGAAUUGGCUUGAUUAGCCACACCAGAUUCUGCCCCAUCUCAAUGUGAGCUGGCGAUCCUAGGUCUAUUUUUUAUCUGUAUUUUAAGUUUUGUAAACUAUCUAGGCUAGUGCUGAGUGCAUGCCUGUCUCCUGCCAGCUCUUUUACUUUAGAAGUUAGUUUGUAUGAGUCAUGACCUGGCUCUAUAAAUAGAAUGGAUGAUGUAGUGUCUUGUCCCUUUUUCCGGUGUUGACCGCUGGUCAGUGCUUGAUUAGCUGGUCUGUGCUUGAUUAGCUGGUCUGUGUGACCAAGCAGUGAUUUAGAAAGUUUUUAUUUAGUGUUGUUCUGUGUGGACUGCCUGUAAGUUGAGGAAUUGUUUGUUUUACUUUAGUUAUUUCUAAUUAAGAUUUAUUGUUUUCAGAUGUGUUUUAUUAAGUUUAGAUGUAAACGGAUUAGUGCCGUGCAUCACAGGCUAAUUAGUUAGCCAUUGUCUAUGAUGGAACCGGAAGGUCCAUUAAUCUGGAUAGCGUCACAACCCCCCCCUCCCCACCCCCGAGCCAUCUCUAAUGAUCUCCUUGUUGCUGUUCUAUACAAUGUUUUAUUAUCUUAUGUUUCUAAAAGUAUUUCCAUUAAUAUUAUAAUGAUUAUUUUCUAUAUUUUUUAUGUUUGUUUAUUUUUGUAAUUGCAGGCUAUAAUUCCUGUUCUGCCUGUCUGCUGUAGUUCUGCUUUUCUGCCGCUAGUAGCUUACUGUUUAGUGUGGGGAAUUUAGGUUAUAUGAGUGGUUUAUUGUUUUGUAGUGGGUAUAUUUGUUUUAUUACUGUUUUUUGUGUCAAUGUAAAUAAAGUGUAUAUAGUUUAUUUUAUAAA